UUAUAUUGUUGAUGUAUUUUCUCUCAAAUUUAUUUAGCAAUUCGCCACUUCAACUCGCAUUUCAUGGCAUUAAAACUUGAAAGCCUUUGGGGAGAAUCAUGGUGCCGCGCGUCAAACUGCUCAUAGUUGUUGCAGGUUUUAUCAAUCUUGGGUUUUCUGGAGCACCAACAGCACCCCCAAAGAGAGCUAUAGUUAAAAACAACUCAGGUGUAACACCAGCUGGUUUGUGUGGUACCUGGGUUAAAGAAACCGAUGGUGGGCUUUUCACAUCCCCUAACUAUCCCGAGAAAUAUCCUCCUGACCGGGAAUGCACAUACAUAAUUGAAGCUUCUCCAAGGCAAUGCAUCGAUCUGUAUUUUGAUGAGAGGUAUGCUAUUGAGCCAUCAUGGGAGUGUAAGUUUGACCACAUCGAGGUUCGGGAUGGCCCAUUUAGCUAUUCUCCUAUCAUUGGCCGGUACUGUGGACAAGAGAGCCCAACCUAUGUUAGGUCUAGUGGACGAUACCUCUGGAUAAAAUUUGUGGCAGAUGGUGAACUAGAGGCCACUGGAUUUUCAGCUCGAUAUAAUUUCACACAAGAUCCUGAAUUCAAAGACUUUGGAACUCCAGCACCUCUUCCAAUUUGUGAUUUUGAAAUGAAUGGACCUGAGGGGAUUGUGGAGUCUGUAAUGGUUGCCAAAGAAAGGAAGGCACUACCAUCAGAGGCUGUGGACUGCAGGUGGUUCAUAAGAGCUCCUCCUGGCUUUAAGAUCUACUUGCGCUUCCUGGACUACGAGAUGCAAAACUCGAAUGAGUGCAAGCGAAACUUCGUGGCAGUGUAUGAUGGGAGCAGCUCUGUGGAGCACCUGAAAAAUAAAUUCUGUAGCACGGUGGCCAAUGAUGUGAUGCUGCUGAGCUCAUUAGGUGUGAUUCGCAUGUGGGCCGAUGAAACCAGCCGCAGGAGUCGAUUCCGAAUCCUCUUCACCACCUUCAACGAGCCUCCAUGCAUAGGCGAUUCGUUCUUCUGUCAUAGCAACAUGUGCAUUAACCACACGCUGGUGUGUAAUGGUAUCCAGAAUUGUGUCUAUCCAUGGGACGAAAAUGGAUGCAAGGAGAAAAGAAAAGCCACUAUCUUGGACCACCUUGACAAUACCAACAUAAUCAUUAUCGGCGUAACCUGUGGAGUGGUGAUCAUCUUGCUUACCGUGUCAAUAAUCAUUCAAAUAAAACAACCACGCAAGAAGUACAUCAUUCGCAGAGACGAAUUUGACCCCACCUUGCUGCACGAGGCCUUCGAACCCCCGCACUAUGAGCUGUGCACAUUACGGCAGCCGACCUCAAGUGAUGGUGAGGUUCUACCAGAAGACUUUCACAAACUGCAGCGAUCUUCUUCCAAAUGCAUCCACGGCCAUCACUGCGGUUCCCAGGUGUCCAGUACCCGAGGCAGCCGCAGUGACCUCAGCUUGCGAGACGCUUCCACAAUUUUCUCAGAGAUGCAAGAAACUGCACAACCAUCCCUCCCUCUGCAAGCUACUCCUACUGGCCACAGGAAUAUUCUUAUAAUGAAGCACAGCUACUCACAUGAUGGGGCUGAAGAGUAUGACUUUGAUGAUGAACUGGAUGAUGGACCCAUUACCAGCAUUGGGCGAGCAGCAAUGGAGAGAACUGUGCAUCGGUCCAUAUCCAAUGACUUUUGAUGGUCCAUGUAUAUAUGAGCCUAGCUUUUGAAUAGCUUAUGUGUCAUUUGUCGCUAUUUUAUUUGUAGUAGGGUUAGGGUUUUGUUGAAAGACAUGAUUCCCUUCGCUUCAUGCACAUUUUCCUUGUUUGUGUACAAAUUCAUGAAGGAAUAUCAAUUAACAUUGAUGUACAUACUAUAUGUAUAUAAUGUGAGUCAUACGCCUCAGGAUUUUUUCUUGUUUUGCCUAUUGUUGUGUGCAAUACUUGCUGUCUGGCUCAUAUUAUUUGAUGGCAUUCCAGUACACACAAUCAUUGCAAAUGACUGAUGUAAAUUUUGGAGGAUCAUACUAAAUUUUAUUUAAAACAGUACAUAAAAGUAAUUUAAAAGCUUUGUUUAUUUUCCCCAUUGUAAAAAUAGUGUUGUAGGACAAUGUUUUUCCUUCUUACUGAACUGUGUGAUUUAAUUUUGUGAUUUUAUUUAUUUUCAUUGCUUUGUGCUUCUUUUAUAUUGUACUAUACCCCACCCCAGCUUAUUAUUCUCA